CACACUUCGCCUUGUUCCACAUCCCGGUGCGCGCAGCGAGAGGCUCAACAACAAAGUGCUAUCUUACUAAUUGUGCAUCAUUUGAUACGUGCUGUUUGUGCUACAACUUGCAAAGCACAACAAACAUUAGAGUUCAACAAACAGUAGAUGCUGCAACAGACCGCUGAACUCGACUUUGGCUGUCCAAUCUACGUGCCCUAAUACUUUUAUGAGUUUUGGGAAGAAACUUCUGCGGGAAACGAGGGAUCACCAGUACGCGCGUCCUGCAGAAUAGAUCCAUGGACACUGCGGGAUAGACGCGCCAUCACCAUCAUCCCAGUUUUAAUCGUUCCUUCUCCUCAAUCUGCUCGGAGGAAGAGAGGUGGACCUACUCCCGGCCAGCCGACGCGUGUCUUCUUUGUACACAGCAGCAGCUGCUCCUCACUGCAUGGACACACACAUCGGCUCCUGCGAAGAUCUGAUGCCCCUUGAGGUACAGCUUGGAGCCCGUCCGACCUCCACGCGUGUUCCUGAGCGAUGAAGCGCCCGAGCAAGGUGUAAGAAGGUGGAGGAGAACAACUUAGAACCCACAGCAGCACGACGUUUGACGUGCGUCCUCUAUCACCACAACGCUUCCCAUCUCUCCGUUCCUCAGAAAGCUGCGGCCGGUUUCGCUCCCCGGAUUGUAAAAAAGGGUAGAAACAAACUGAGCUCUGUUUAGAAUAGGUUCGCUUCCCCCCCGAGGCACCAUGGAUGUAAGGUUUUAUCCGACGGCUGGAGGGAAUUCUAUUCCAGGAGACCCACAGAACCUGGAUUUUGCCCACUGUUUGGGGUACUACAACUUCAAUAAGUUCCAGAACAACAACUACAUGAACAUGACGGACGCAAGUGGAGCCCUUCUCGCGGCUGGCGAUACGUUCCACACGCCCAGUUUGGGGGAUGAGGAGUUUGAGAUUCCACCAAUCACCCCUCCACCGGAGAUGGAGCACGGCCUUGCGUUAUCGGAGGUGCACUCUCCCUUCCAGGGGGGCCAGGAAACGGCAGCUCAACACCGGGUUCCCUUAACCCCUCAGUUCCCCCCACAGAGCCUAGAGCUGCCUUCCAUUACCAUUUCACGCAACAUGAUGGACCAGGACGGGAUCGCGGGCAACAAUGGCCUACCUGCGAACCUGGGACCCGGCCACCUCCGCCAGUAUCCCUCCAACCAGGCCAUGAUGAUGAGGUCCCUCAUCAACAUGAACAACCCCAACGGCAUGAUGCCCCGCGGUCACCUGACCACCAUCAACCAAUCCCAUCUCAACGCGCAGCUCGGCGUCAACAUGUCCGGCCCCAACAACAUCACCCACACCUCUCCGUCCCCGCCCACCAGCAAGUCGGCCACGCCCUCCCCCUCCAGCUCCAUCAACGAGGACGACCAGGAUGACAGCAACCGGGUCAUCGGGGAGAAGCGGCCCGCGCCCGUGGACCCCGCCAAGAAGCCCAAGACUCCAAAGAAGAAGAAGAAGAAGGACCCCAACGAGCCGCAGAAGCCGGUGUCGGCGUACGCGCUCUUCUUCAGGGACACCCAGGCCGCCAUCAAGGGCCAGAACCCCAACGCCACCUUUGGCGAGGUGUCCAAGAUCGUGGCCUCCAUGUGGGACGGCCUCGGCGAGGAGCAGAAACAGGUGUACAAGAGUAAAACAGAAGCUGCCAAAAAGGAGUAUUUAAAAGCACUCGCGGCAUAUCGCGCCAGCCUGGUUUCCAAGGCCGCCGCAGAGUCCGCCGAGGCCCAGACCAUGCGCUCGGUGCAGCAGACGCUGGCCUCCACCAACCUGUCCCCGGGCAUGGUGAUGCCGUCGCCCCUCAGCCAGCUCUCGCCCAUGCCCUCGCCCGGCCUGUCCGCCCUGCAGCAGGCCAUGCCGCGGGCCAUCGCCCCCAAGCCACUCCAGAUGAGACUAGGGGGCGGGGGCAAUCAAAUGGGGCCCUCUGCGCCGGGGGGCCACCAGAACAACGCCCCCUCCGGGAUGCCGCCGCAGAUGCUGGGCCAGAUGGGCGGCGGGGGCGGAGGCCAGGCCGGCUCUAUGUCCCAGAUGAGCCCGCCCAUGCCUGGGGGGCCGCCGCAGCAGCACUCCAUCCAGCACAUCCAGCAGCAGCAGCAGCAGCAGCACCAGAUGCAGAAGCACCUGCAGCACCACCAGAUGCAGCAGCAGCAGAUGCACCACCAGCACAUCCAGCAGCAGAUGCAGCAUCAGCAUUUCCAGCACCACUUGCAGCAGCAGCUGCAGCAGCACCACAUGCAGGAACAGCAGCAGCAGGUGCAGCAGCAGAGGCAACAGCAGCAGCAGCAGCAGCAGCAACAGCAGCACCAACAGCAACAGCAGCAGCAGCAACAGCAGCAGCAGCAGCACUUGCAGAUGCAGCACAUGCAGAUGCACCAACUGCAUCAGCAGCAGAUCCAGCAGAUCCAACAGCAGCAGCAGCAGCAGCAGCAGCAGCAGCAGCAGUCCCAGUGUUCCCCUCCCCAGCACUCUCCAGGCACGCCCCACUCAGUAAGCGGCUCCAGCUCCUUGGGCAGCCCCCAGCCCUCCAGUCAGCCCCAGCAGCCACACCCCUCCCAGAUCCAGGCGCACGCCCAGGCCAUGUCCCAGGUCAGCAUCUAUUGAGCCAAAGCGCAGAGUCCCUUUCUCAAAGAAUAAUAAAAAGCAUCAUUCUAGGUUGCUUUUUCUAAGUUGCACUUAAAAAGUGUGUCAAAAGAAAUAUGGGAAUGUUAUACAGGAGAAUUUGUCCAUUGUUAUAGACGGAUAUGCACAUAUGUGUACAGAGCGCGAAUACGAACGGUGGGUUUUGUCUAUGAAAUAGGCUGAGCUGUGAGGGGAGAUCUCGUUGCCUGGUUUCUCUGCUGGGUCUUGUUUGUUUCUUUAGGUUUCGUUGUGUUUCUUUUCACUGUCUCGUACGGGGGAAGACAUGAAUGUCUUUUUGCUGUUUUUAUUUAACAAUAAAGCUUUAUUUAUGAGAUCAGAGUUGUCAGUUCCGUCUAGCGAAUGGAUAUUUUGAAGUUAUUUUAACAAAACCAAUUUCGAACGGAAAGAUUCCCAGGUAGCGUGUUCUGGAAUGGUACCCACAAAUCAAUACCUGUUACCACACUGGCCAGUAUACUCUGAGAACCUCUCGCUGUACCUCUCUUUCACCCCUCAUUCCUUUGAUGUAAUUGAUUAAAUACUGGCCAGGAGGAAAUGAUCAAACCAUCACAUGAUGUAGGAGGCUGAAGUGAUUUCCUAACACAUUGGACUCACGUCACAGAGACAAGAGGCUCCAGGACACGUAGAUUGGAAGAGGAGACCUUUGGCUGCAUCUCACUGAAUGAAGGACAGAAUAGACUGACAAAUACUGCCAUGAAUCACCUGCAUCACCCUGUCAUCGACUGUAGCUGUAAUCUGCUGUACAUGUUUGGGAGAGAGGAGCCAUCACUGUUCUCGGCUGAGUUCCCUUCACCAUCCAUUGUGUGUUCCUGGCACUCCAAAAACAAGAAGACAACAAAAGAUUCCACCCCUCUGAUGUGUUUGGUUUUUACUUCAGACGUUUAAUAAUUAAAUUAUGUUUUUAUUUUGUGUAUUAAAGGGAUAUUUUAUUGUUCAUACAAAUGUCAGGACCGAGGCAGAUGGUUUCACGAAUGAUGUAUUUUUACACUAUUCCUCAGGUCCUGAUUUGUCUCAACAACAAAAAAAGCAUUCAAAAGAAGACUCUCUAAGCCAGUUUGUUGCACUGUCAAAGCCAAUUGAAAAACAUUGGGGGGUAUUUUAGCCAGCUGUACAUAGAAUUCCUGAAAAAUAAAAUGUUGUACAUUUUUCAUAUCACUUGUUGUAAAGUUUUAAUAUGUAAGGCUUUAAUUAAAACGUUGGUAAACGA